AUGUAGUGCUACUUUCUUACACCCAAUUUCCUUGCAGGCACAGAUGCCUCCCCAACAUGGGUCACAUCGUGUGACCCAUAAUGCAGCAACUAAACACAGAAAUCCAUUGAAAUUUUGCCAUGCAACUGGUGCAGUGGCAUCAACCGGAGAGGUCUGCAGUGUACAAGUCGCGCAGUGUGACUUGCAGAUACAACUGCUCCUUCACAUCUUGACAAGAUAAUUCAAGAAACAAAAGCAUGGCACUGUCAAAUAGCAGGACCACAAAAGACCUGGGCUCCUUUGCGUCACGCAAGCAUAUCAACAUCAACCGUCUGCAUAAUCAAUUCUCGCUUUCAACCGAGGAUCAGGCAUUUCCUCAUUCCAUGCAUGACAAGAGCGCAUGCUCAAGUAGAGCCUUGAGAAAGAAUGUCCAAGUAUAUCCUAUAAAUUGUCAGGGUCAAGAAGCAGUUGUUAGCUAGAUGGGAAUACUUCCUGUAGAAUGAUUCCCAUCUAGAUAACAGUUGUGCUGCCAAAUGGCCAGCCUGCCAAUGACAUUCCGUUCUUCUGUCUAUUAAUGACCCAAUUCUUCACUAAAAAGUGAGGCAAUAAAGUUGCUCUGAUGCAUGUGGCAAAAGGAGUACUCGCGGCUGCAAACCUCGAAAUACCCACAAACACGCUCUGUGCUAAUAAGCAGAUUGCCCUGAAUGUGGUUCAAUAGACCACACAGAUUGACUACAGAUUCACGUCACACAAACAAAUAUGGAAGCAGCACCUCUGCUUUCAAAAAAUUUGGCCACCGCAACCAAAGAACAAACCAGAGGAUAAUGAAGCGUGCAAGCAUGCUGCAGCGCAAUUCUCAGCAUGCUUGCGUUGCUUUCGACCUCGGUGUUUGCUGUUAUUGGGCCACAAACAAUCUCCUCUCUUUCCGGAUGCGACCUAAUAAAAGAAACCAUUCUGGCUCCACCCUCAAAUAGGGUGUGUCCUCAGAAUAUAUUCAGAAGUGUCAGCUGAAGCCCUUGGAGCGGACUUCAGCAGCAGAUCUGCCAGGCCACUAUGCAGAGAGAGAAACGGCCAUUCACUGGUGUCAUGUGUAUCAAGUAAUGCCCUGAUGAGGCUCUCUCACAAAUAGUAUGCGC